AGAGCAGUGCUAUGCACACGUUUGCACCGCGCAUACUUCUUUUGUAUUUAAUAAAUAAUAAUAAUAUUAUCGUGAUAUAAUAAUAUAAUAUUAUACUCAUCGCUCACGCCACUCGACGACGAGAGAGUUCCGUCGUAGAUACGAGCUCACAACAUUGUAUUGUCAGUAUUUACCUACUGUCCGGACCGCACAUCAUGAGCAACAAGUCGCGCUUUGGCCGCCCGACGUAGACGCGCACGCUUGUCCGAGUGUCAGACCGUUUGACACAGUGUAAUGUGAUUUAUUUAUUUAUUGACACGCGCCUGUGCCGUUAUUAUUUUAUUAUUUAGAUUAUUUUUUUUUUCAUCGUUAUUUUUGACAUGCCGUUGACACCGCAAACAAUUAUGAUAUACGCGAUCGUCCCGACGUUAGCGAUAUUUGUGUGUUCGGCAUUUUCCGCCACCGCCGCGGCGCCGCAACAGAGGACGUCACCCGACGACGAAACCGCAUCGGAGGACGUAUCACAGGGCUCGUCGAAUUUUGAGCGUUUAGUAUUUUCGGAAAUACCGCCUGUGUACCAUUGCAACAACAGCUUGCAAUGCCCGACUGAAUUCGGUUUCACCAGGUGCGAAAAUCACCUAUGUGUGUGUGACGAGAAUUUCUAUCAGGUAUUAAACAAGACUUCCGAGACCACCUACUGCCGCCUAUGCUCACUAUUUCAAGAAAGCUGCGCCGUGACACAAUGCUGUGAAAAUCCACAUGCUACGUUUUGCUUCAACGGAUUGUGCGUGUGCAGACCUGGAAUGGAUGAAGAAUGUCUAGGCAGGUACACUCCGACGUUGGGCAUUCAGUUGGCCAACACUCUCUCAGUGUCGUUCGCAUUCGUCUUCCUUGCCAUCACAUUCGUCGCGGUCAUUAGAAAAACGUUAUUCAGGUGUAGUUUUUGCAGAUGCGAUUCUAUGAGCAGAGUGUCUAGCGACAGUUCGUUGAACGAGUUCAUUAAGCAAAAAAUGCAAAACAGACCGCCGUGUUACGAAGAUAUUGAAAAAGAUCGUAAAGUUCCUAUUGCUGACUGCAGUACAAGUGUAUGCACUAAUUACCAUCAGCCACCGCCCGAAUACGGCGCUAUUCAUUUCGGCCGGUCCGGCACGGUCCUGCACGGAUCAUUGAAUACGUCCCUGUCGAUCAGCGACGAAGUGGAAAUGAACACGGCUCCGCCUAACUAUUCGACGUUCACGACCGUCACUGAAAUCGUGUCGACGACCGCGGAAACGUCAACCGCUCGGACCAACAACGAAAUCAUUCUCACCCAACCGAUCUACACGAAUCGCGAGUUUUUGCGACUCGCGUAGACUUCCGCCAUGACAUCCGCACGACCAUAUACAUAUUAUAAUAUACAACAUGUUCACGAGAUAUUAUUAUGUUAUAUUGUUUUUGUGCUGUACAACUUUUUAGACGACCAGUCUCGCGAUCUCUCGUUAAUUACUACAGAUCACGGCGUAUUACGUAUGUACACGGCGACUGGCUAUACGAGUACGAUAACACGAUAUUCCGUCCAACGUAUAUAGGUACCUAUCUAUGUAUAAUAUUAUGCGACAUCGUGAUAAAAUUAUUUAUGGUCUCUCCUCGUGUUGUACGUUACCUGCAGCCAAUCUGCGUAUUUAUACCAUAACAAUAUAAAUAAUAGACGAACAUCAACAAAACGACCGGCGACUGACUCUUCAUCGACUCCUUAUAGUAUACUCGUACAUGGGUAUAUGGUCGUGCGUGUUCGAAACAAUUUUAAUUAUAUUGCAUUAUGUUAUUAUGUUUUUUUCUUCUCCUUCUCUUUUUCGUUGUUCAGUAUUUGUACCUGUUUGUAUUUUGUUAAUUUUGCACGAUUUAAUUAUAGGUAAUAUUAUUGUAUACGUAUACGCAUCGUAUACAUUG